AUGGACAUUUGUGAGCUCCUAAAGACGUCACAGAAAUGGCUGUUAAAAUACCCUGCAAAGUACUUGAAACAUGUUGGUGGAGAAAUGGGAAGUGCUAUGCCUUCAUUUCUUUACUUAAUGUUUGAAUUGUGUGGUUCCUGGAAGAACUUUUUGUUUCUGACUCCAGCCCACAAACUGAACAGGAACUGCUGUCAGAAUGGAGGAACCUGCUUCCUGGGGACAUUCUGCACAUGUCCAAAAUAUUUUACUGGUAGACACUGCAAAUAUGAUAAACGGAUCAGACUUUGUGGCAUGGUGAGGCACGGAGAGUGGACCAAGGACAGCUGUCUGUUCUGCCAGUGCCUCCCGGCCAUCCUUCAUUGCUUUCCUCACGGCCUGCAAGAUGGCUGUGGUCCUACAAAAGAAAACCUGCCUGACUGGAUGCAGGCUGGACCGAGGUCUGAAGGACUGAGCCUUCAGCAUGAAGCCUACCUUCUUACUGCUCCACCCCUGCUCACUCUGCUUUGGCAGCUCCUCUACAUGCACCAGAAAGAACCAAAGCAGUGA